UUUUUUUUGGUCAGAUUUUACCCCCCAACCCUUCAACUUCCGACUUCUUCUCCAAGAAACUAGACUCUCUCAUUUCUCCCUCCCUCAUUUUACUCUCUCUAAUCUCUCUCGCUCUCGCUCUCUGGAUCUUCUGAAACACUAACCCUAUUGGCUAUUACCCUCCUCGAUCGCUACAGUUCGAAUUAUAUGGGCCUUCACUCGGAAACGUCACUCGCCCCCGGGUUCCGAUUCCACCCGACCGAUGAAGAACUCGUCCGCUACUACCUCAAGCGCAAGGUUUCUGGCAAGCCUUUCCGCUUCGACCCUAUCUCCGUCAUUGAUAUCUACAAGUCCGAGCCCUGGGAUCUCCCAAUCAAAUCGAAGCUCAAGAGCAGGGAUUUGGAGUGGUAUUUCUUCAGUGCACUCGACAGGAAGUAUGGGAAUAGUUCGAGGACCAACCGGGCCACGGAGAUGGGUUACUGGAAGACCACGGGAAAGGACCGAACGGUCCGCCAAAACUCGCGCGCCGUAGGGAUGAAGAAGACCCUCGUUUAUCACAGCGGCCGGGCCCAUGGCGCUCGUACCAAUUGGGUUAUGCACGAGUAUCGCCUCGUCGACGAGGAAUUGGAGAAAACCGGAAUUGCAAUAGAUUCUUUUGUGCUUUGUAGGGUUUUUCAGAAGAGUGGGACGGGGCCGAAGAAUGGUGAGCAGUAUGGGGCGCCGUUUAUUGAGGAGGAAUGGGAAGAAGAUGAUGUGGCGGCAUUCCUGCCGUGUGAAGAAGCUGCAGUUGACGAUGUGGUGGUUGGUGAUGGUGCAUGUGUUGAAGCGAUUGAACUUGACCAGGAUCUUGAGAUAAGCAAUCCAUCUGAAAGUACUCCCCCUCCUUUGAACUUUUAUUAUGGGGAUACUAGCAACGAUGUUGAGCAGUAUGAGGAUUUCGUUGAAGACUGUCAAACUAUCAUGGGCAGUGGUGAAACUUUUGAGCUAUGUCAUGACGAGAAGUUGGUUGACAUACCAGAGCAAUAUGGGAUGGAUAUGAAACCCAUCAAAGAUGAAUUUUUUGUUGAAUCAAGCCGAAUUAUGAAGCCAUCUGAAGUCAAUUACUCGCUUGAUGAACCUUAUUUGGAUGCUACUGAUAAUCCACUGUUGGGUGAUGGAUUUUUCCUUGAAUCCGAUGAUCUUUUAAACCCGGUCGAGUCAGAUGCUGCAGGUUUUGACAUGCUGGAUGAGUACCUAACAUUCCUUAAUGCAGAUGAUGACAUGGCUUUUGAUCCCUCUGAAAUUAUGGGGGGUGAAAACUCGUUUUCUAAUCAAGCAACCCACACACAGGAGCACUUAAAUGGAGGAACUGAAAAAGUGUACAUAGAUAGUCAACAGCCAUCAGAGACACAGGGAAGCAAUGAUGCAUCCACUUCAAAGCAGAAACCAGAGGCCGCAAUAUAUGAAUCAGAUAUUAAGAAUCCAUUCAUCAAACAUGCCACUCGCAUGUUGGGCAGCAUCCCUGCUCCUCCAGCAUAUGCUUCAGAGUUCCCCGCAAAAGAUGUAACUCUUCAGUUACAUUCCGCUGCACAAUCUUCCAGCUCCGUUCAUGUCACUGCUGGUAUGAUCAGGAUAAGAAACACGACUUUAACCAGCAAUGGGUCAGACUGGUUGCUUGGCAAGAAUGGUGAUGUCAACUUCGCGAUGCCCUUUUUGCUACCACAAGGUGACACUAAUUCUGCCACUUGGGUGCCAAUGGCUGGCUUUCAUGCAGGCAAGACAGCAUCCGUAGUUUCAUGGGGCUGGUUCUUCUUAAUAUUCUUUUGGGCUCUAAUUCUUUCUGUGAGCUUCAGAUUUGCAAGCAACAUAUACAUCAAGUAGUGCCUCAAAAUUAUGAUGGAACAUUUUUUGACCCAUGGUUUUCAGAAGAAUUGUGAUCUUUGAAGGAAAAAGGGGGUGAUGUAGGUUUUUAAACAAUGUAAAAUGUUAUUUAUGUUGUUUUGUAUAUAGUGUCUUCGCGCGAACGGGGCAUAUUCAAAUAUUGAACUUCUUA